AUGACGCACUCGACAUCGUUCCUCACCAACGUUGGCGCACCAGGAGACGUCAUGUGCUUCACGUCCCGGGACCCCAUCGCUGCCACCUGCGGCCCCGUCGCCGCCGCGUGCGGCCCCGUCGCCGCCACCUGCGGCCCCGUCGCUGCCACCUGCGGCCCCGUCGCCACCACCUGCGACCCCGUCGCCGCAACCUGCGGCCCCGUCGCCGCCACCUACGGCCCUGUCGCUGCCACCCGCGGCCCCGUCGCCGCCACCUGCGGCCCCGUCGCCGCCAACUGCGGCCACGCAGUCGCCACCUGCGGCCUGGACGCCACCUACGGCCCCGUCGCCGCCACUUGCGGCCCCGUCACCAUCACCUGCGGCCCUGUUGCCCUCCCCUAG